AUGUCGAACCCUCAAGGUAACCCAGGCACUCCUCCACAACCUACUCCCUCUGAUUCAUCCACACCUCCUCCACCCAGCACAACCCCUCAACCUAGGAGAAGGCGAGUAAAAAUGCUUGCUCGUAAAACAGUGGCAACUGACGAUUCGUUCAAAUCUGCGAGUGAGGGGGAAGGAACUGGGUCUUCUGACUCUGAGAAGGCUCAAAACUCCCCUUCUGAGGUACAUUCUGCUUUGGCUGAAAAUUUAGAAAAUAGGUUUGUUUUGGUUGGGUCUGUCAGGAAUGUGGAAUUGCCUGAAUUGGGAAGAAGAGGAGAAAGUGGCAAGAAGUCAGGGGGAAGUGGUUCAGGGGAGGCUGUUGAAGGUUUGGUUAAUCUAUGUUCACAGGCAGAUGAACCUGGUUCAUCUGUUGAGGAGACCAUACCAGACCUUCUGAAGAAAGUGGGUGCUAGCUAUGAUCCAAAAAAAAGGAGAACCCCAACACCAAAUGCCCCCAGCACUACAAAACUUUCGAAGAAAAGAAAGGCUUCUUCCCCAACAACUGCUGAAAUUCCCUUGCCAAAGGGGAGAGCCACAAGAAGUAUGGUAAAACAGAGUGAGAGUGAGUUACAAAAGGCUUUGGCUGAAGUCAAGAAGAAGAGGAUGGAUAAAGGAAAAGCUAAGGUUGCAGAGCCUUCUGAGGCUGUUGAUAUUGAGGAGAUGGAACAGGUCCAUCAGGAGGAACAUACAGCUGUGGAGAGGACAAGGUCUACAAUGAAAAACAAACAAGUUAGAAUUACUGAAGAUGAGGAAUGGAGUGGUGAGAAGAGAAUGGAUGGAAGGCUAGCCAGGAAUGAGAUCAUUGAAUUCAUGGAAAAUGCAGAAGUCAAGGAUGGCAGAGUCACCGGCCAAGUGAAAGGAGUUCAAUUAAAAUAUGUUUGCCUAAUUACUGAUGAUUGA